AUGAGGUUACUAUACUUUGGUUUAAUACCUAUAGGUUUAUACCUUAUCUUCAAUCAAUUGUUCUACACAUGGUUACCAACAAACUAUAAAUUUGAUAAAGUAGUACUACAACAAUUAGUACAAGAAACAUUAAAUGAAUUUCCUCAAGGUAAUGCAACAGAAAUAAUGAUAAAUUUAACUCCUAAAUUACAAAAACAAUAUCCAGGAUUAAUUAAUGAUUUAACUUUUACUGAAUGGUUUUAUAAUAAUGCAGGAGGAGCAAUGGGACAAAUGACAAUUUUACAUGCUUCAAUAUCUGAAUAUUUAAUAUUUUUUGGUACAUCAGUUGGUACAGAAGGUCAUACAGGUGUUCAUUUUGCAGAUGAUUAUUUUACAAUUUUAACUGGAGAACAAAGAGCUGCUUAUCCAGGAGUAUUAACUCCUGAAAUUUAUAAACCAGGUGAUCAACAUCAUUUACCAAAAGGUCAUGUUAAACAAUAUGCAAUGCCUGGUGGAUCUUUUGCUUUGGAAUUAGCUCAAGGUUGGAUUCCUGCAAUGUUACCAUUUGGAUUGUUAGAUACUUUAAGUUCAACAUUAGAUUUUCAUACUUUUUAUUUAACAAGUUAUUAUACCGCAAGAGAUAUGAUUAAAAAUUUAUUAAAUGGAAAAUUCUAA